AUGGAGAGCCACGACGCCGCGGUCCGUCUCAUCGCGCAGCAAGUCGCGCGCUUCUCAGCGCAGCAGAAGCCGUUCCGCAUCUACCACGGCUCGACCAACAGCACGCGUUCCUCUGCGCGGCGCGCCGACAACACCAUUGACACGAGCCGGCUGACGCACGUGCUCUCCGUCGACGCCGCCUCCAGGACGGCCCUCGUCGAGCCCAACGUGCCCAUGGACGCGCUCGUCGCCGCCACCCGCGCCCACGGCCUGCUGCCCCCCGUCGUCAUGGAGUUCCCCGGCAUCACCGCCGGCGGCGGCUUUUCCGGCAUGGCCGGCGAGAGCAGCUCCUUCCGGCACGGCGCGUUUGACGCCACCAUGCGCUCCAUUGAGAUUGUGCUGCCGACGGGCGAUGUCGCGCGCGCGUCCAAGACGGACAACCCACAGCUCUUCUGGGGCGCCGCGUCGGCGUUUGGCACCCUCGGCGUGGUCACGCUGCUCGAGGUCGAGCUGCGCGAGGCAAAGACGUAUGUUGAGCUGACGUACGCGCUGACGACGAACAGCAGGGACACCCUCAAGGCCAUGGAAGCAGCCGCCGCGAGGGACGAGACGGACUACAUUGACGGCAUCGUCUUUAGCAAGGACGCUACGGUGGUAUGUGUAGGCAAGCUCACGGAUGACCUGCCUGCAGGAGCAACACCGCAGCGGUUCUCGCGGCGGACCGACCCGUGGUUCUACAUCCGCGCGCGCGCCGUGCUCAAGCAGCUACAGAAGCGCCCAGCGCAAGACGCCACCAACACAGUCGUCGACCACAUCCCGCUCGUCGACUACCUGUUCCGCUACGACCGCGGCGGCUUCUGGGUCGGGCAGUACGCCUUUGGCUACUUCCUGACGCCGUUCAACCGCGUCACGCGCGCGCUGCUCGACCGCUUCAUGCACGCGCGCGUCAUGUACCGCGCGGUGCACAAGAGCGGCCUCGCCGCCACGCACAUGGUGCAGGACGUGGGCGUGCCGUACGCCGCCGUCGCCGAGUUCCAGGCCUGGCUGGACACGACGUUUGCCAUCUACCCGGUGUGGCUGUGCCCGCUGCGGGUGCAGCGCGCCGGGGGCGCCGACGCGCAGCACGGGCUGCACGCCGACUUUGGCCGCCCCGACGCCCCGAACCUGAUGAACUUUGGCGUCUGGGGCCCCUUGUCCAGCAGCAGCCGGCGCGAGAUCGUGGCGCGGAACCGCGACCUGGAGCGCAAGGUGCAGGCGCUGGGCGGCAAGAAGUGGCUGUACGCGCACGCGUACUACCCCGAGGACGAGUUCUGGGCGCACUACGACCGCGCGUCGUACGAUGCGCUGCGCGACAGGUAUCAGGCGGGGUACCUGCCGAGCGUGUACGACAAGGUCCGCGUCGACGUCGACGCCGAGGAGGCGGCGGUGCGCGCGACGUGGCGCACGAGGACGAAGCACAGGGCCAAGGCGGUCUGGCCGGUGCGCGGCCUGUACGGGUUCUACAAGGCUGCGGUCGGUGGCGAGUACUUGCUGCAAAAGACGAACAAGUAA